AUGGAGAACCAGAACGAGAAGAACCCAUCUACUGCUGAACCAAGCAACGUGGAGAACGAGAACGAGAACAACCCCUAUCUCCCUACCGAGUUGAUCAAUGAAAUUCUGCUUCGGCUACCGGUGAGAUCUUUACAGCGCUUCAAAUGCGUUUGCACAUCAUGGUUCUUUCUCAUUUCCGAUACCCAUUUCGCAAAAUCACAUUUUGACUUCAAUGCUGCACCCACUCAUCGUCUUCUUCUUCGAAUUCCUAAUGAGGAGCAAGUUGAAUCUUUUGGUCUAGAAUCAUCGCUUCAAGACCAUUCUACUGUCUUAACUCUUCCUCCUCCACCCGGGUUCGAAUUCGAAACCACACCUUCUUGUGAUAACUAUUUGGGUUUUUUGGGUUCUUGUAGAGGGUUUGUGCUUUUCCUCUAUCCACAAUCAGGUGAUAUCAUGGUCUGGAAUCCAACAACCAGAUUCCAUAAACGUGUUGAAUAUGUAGACGACGGGCAUUUCAUGAGUAGACAUCUAUAUGGUUUUGGAUAUGACAAGUCAACCGAUGACUAUUUUGUAGUUCUUGUUAAACUUGUACUACCGAGUGGGGGUGAGGGUGUUAUUCUUGGUGUUUAUUCUGUGAACACGGAUUCAUGGUAUGAUGAGAUUGGCAAGCAUGUUAAUGGUCAAUACAUGAAAGAUUUUGAACCGGAGGAAUCCUAUGCUGGGGUGGACUUGAAUGACUCUCUUCAUUGGCUGGUGAAAUCUAAAGACACAAAUCUUCCUGUAAUUAUUGUCUUGCAUUUGUUAGAUAAGAGUUUUUCAGAGAUUUCUCUACCAACUGAAUUUGCAGCACAUGAUUUAACCGCACUGAAAGAGUAUCACUUGAGGGAACUCGGAGGAUGCCUCAGUGUUUGUUACUCAAGUGGUAGAGGACAAAAUUAUAGCCCUGAGAGAUUGUGGGUUGUAGGUGAUGGCUGUGACGGAGCUGAGAUAUGGGUCAUGAAAGAAUAUAAAGUGCAGUCUUCUUGGACCAAGGCUUUUGUUAUGACUGAUUGUGACAUUCCAUGCAAAUACUUUUAUCCGAUAUGCUUCAUUGAAGGUGGUGGAGUUGUUGGAUCAAAUGGGAAUGGAAGAUUGAUGAAAUUUAAUGCCAAGGGAGAACUGCUUGAGCAUCGCAAAUAUAGGCAUAAGUCCAAUAAUGUUCGAAAUUAUUUUGAUGUGUUUAGAGAGAGUCUGAUAUUAUUCCCUGGUGAACAACCACACAACUUUAAGGAAGCAAUUAAACAUGAGGAGGCAGCUGAAAAUGAGGAAGAGGAAGCUAGUGAACUAUCACUCCUUAGUGUAAAAUCCCUCCCUUGUGACUUUAAGGAAGCAACUAAAGAUGAUAAAGAGGAAACAACCAAAGAUGAGAAAGCAAUUGAUGAUGAAGAAGCAGAAUCAACUGAUGACAAGGAAGCAGCUGAAGAUGAGGAAGAGGAAUCAACUGAAGAUUACGUACAGUAA